UCGUCUUAAAGUUUCCACUGAGAAAAUUUUUACAGUAGAAUUUGAUAUAAUGGCUGAAUAUAAAUUUCUGGAUCAAGGUGAAAGUUCUACCCAGCUUGAUAAUUUGCUUUCUAAUUAUUAUAAUAGCUUCAUCCAAACACUUGUUGACGCGCUUGGUGGCUCUUUCACGUUUAAAGGGUCGGAUGAUUUUAGAACUCCCUUUGUGAUUCAACUCGACUUACCUUUAGCUGAAGAUACCAAUCCUAAUAUGAAUACGAAACCAAUCCCUCUUCGUUAUUUCAUAAAGGAAUUUGAAGACAUUGAUCCAAGAAAUUUGCUUAGAAUCGGUAUGGUUCGAGCACAUGACAGUAUUGUUACACGGAAGGCUCUAGCUUUUCUCCAUGAAUUUGAAAUGCAAUCAUUAAAAAUCAUUACUCCUAAUGAUAUUCCUUCAUGUGAUAUUAACGUUCUCAUUUUUGAUUCAACCGAAACUACUAAUGAAAUUAAUGAGACUAUAUGUAAAAAUGCUCGGGAGGCUCACGUCUUAAUUAUUAGUAUUACAUUUCUUUUAAAGCACUUAACUAUCUGUGAUACGGCGCAAAAAGUGGGAUUAGGUGAUGGCGAGGUUUACUUUGUCGCCAAGGUACCAAAUGCUUUUAUAAUUAGUAUUAUCAUAUGUUUUGAGUUUUUAGAAUUCGAAAGUGCAUAA